AUGCGGGUACAAGAAGUUGUACAGGCUACCCAAAGCGAGGGAGAGGAAGGCUCGAGACCUGGAUCGAGUGAAGUGUAUCAAAGACGAGGGAGGGGAAAUUUGGUGGAGGAUGCCCUUAUUAGACGAAGAUGGCAGUCCUACUUUCAUAAACUCUUGAACGAAGAGGGAGACCGAAACAUCGUUUUAGGCGAAUUGGAGCUCUCAGAGAACCGCCGCAAUUUUGGGUACUGCAGGCGGGUCAAGGUUGAAGAGGUCGAGAGGGUUAUGUGGAAGAUGAGCAGCGGGAGAGCGACCGGGCUCGAUGAAAUACCGGUAGAAUUUUGGAAGAAUGCGGGUAGGGGAGGCUUUGAGUGGCUUACGUGGUUGUUGAAUGUUAUUUUUAGGAUGGCAGAGAUGCCGGAAGAGUGGAGAUGGAGCACUAUGAUCCCGUUGUAUAAAAACAAGGGGAUAUCCAGAACUGCAACAACUAUAGGGGUUGGUGGAGCGAAAGAUAGGGAUAAGAAGACCGACUUGCACAUGGUGUUUGUUGACCUUGAGAAGGCUUACGACAAAGUUCUAAGAGAGGUCUUGUGGAGAUGUACGGAAGCUAGGUGUUCUGUAGCAUACAUUAGAGCGAUUAAGGACAUGUAUGAUGGAGUCAAGACCCGAGCGAGGACGGUUGGAGAUGACAUUGUGCUUAUUGACGAGUCGCAGAGCGGUGUUAACACGAGACUGGAGGUUUGGCCACAGACUCUGGAGUUGAAGGGUUUCAAGUUGAGCAGGACUAAGACAGAUUACUUAGAGUGCAAGUUCAGUGAUGUGAGUCAGGUAGAGGACGAGGACGUGCAGCUGGAUACUCAGGUCAUCUUGAAGAAAGAAAGUUUCAAUGUAGAAAAGCGCUCAAAGCUCAUUGGGACUUUUAUUUGCAAUUAA